UUAUAGCUCAGGAAGAUCAUGUUGUUAAUCCUAAUUAAUGAUGCCCAGCAGGGUGUUCAGUUAAGCUAAUAGCAGUAGUAUCCUUUCCUGUUUCCAGCCUCUAUUGUUUAUUGCAGCUCCUUCUUUAAAAAAGGGCAGUUAUGUCUAUAUGAAAUGCUGUUAUGGACUGACUAUUCAUCCAGGUUCUCGGGAUGGUUCGAUGGGUCUCUGGGAAGUCACAGAGGAUGUGCUGUCCAAAAGCAAUGCCAGGCACAACCUGUCUCAAGUUCCUGUCUAUGCCCACAUAACACACAGGGCUCUGAAGGAUAUCCCCAAGGAGAACACCAAUCCUGACAAUUGCAAAGUCCGAGCGCUGGCUUUCAACAAUAUAAACAAGGAGCUGGGAGCUGUGUCCCUAGAUGGGUAUUUUCAUCUUUGGAAAGCAGAGCACGUGCUAUCAAAGUUACUCUCCACAAAGUUGCCAUACUGCAGGGAGAAUGUGUGUUUGGCUUACGGUCAGGAGUGGUCAGUGUAUGCUGUAGGUUCGCAGGCACACGUCUCCUUUCUGGAUCCAAGGCAGCCAUCUCACAAUAUUAAAUCAGUCUGUUCCAAAGAACGAGGCAGUGGUAUUCGAUCAGUGAGCUUCUACGAACACAUCAUCACAGUGGGAACAGGACACGGCUCCUUACUGUUCUAUGAUAUCAGAGCCCAGAGGUUCCUGGAUGAAAAGCCCCCACGUGCCUGCUAUGGACAGAAGCAGAAAUUAGGAGGAAGUGAAAUUUUGAAGUUGACUACUGGGAAAGGUUGGCUGAAUCAUGAUGAAACCUGGAGGAAUUAUUUUUCUGAAAUUAAUUUCUUCCCAAAUGCUGUUUACACCCACUGCUACGACUCGUCUGGAACAAAACUCUUUGUGGCAGGAGGCCCCCUUCCAUCAGGACUUCAUGGGAAUUAUGCUGGUCUCUGGAGCUAAUGAUAACUCUUUACAAUGCUGAUCUUUACACAGAUUUCCACUUUUUUUUUUUUAUUAUUUUUAACAAUGAAAUUGUGUGAUGCCAUUGA